CUCUGAUUAAACAUCAAAGGCAGCCGUUUCCUAGAUCAGUCAUAAUAAUGCCGAGAUUGGUUCUACUUUUUGUACUUGGUUUACUCUUGGUCAGUCACAUAGAUGGACAAAAGAGCAAAAGAAAGUCGAAGUUUAAAGCUCUACUACCUGUCUUUGAGCCUCCGAAGCCCAAAACGAACAGCAUUGCAGAGAAACCGAAAACAACAGGUACUGCAUCAUCAUCAACCAUUGAAACUGUUGCAACAAUUGAAAUUGGAAAAGAAAAACCAUCUCAACCAAGUAAUCCUUCAAAAAUGGACUUACCACCAGAACCUUCAAAACCAGUUCAAGAACCAAAAGCAAUCAUCCAAAGUCCUCCAUCAAAUCAGAAUCAAAUUGCAAAGAAAAAUGUAAAAGCUUCACCAUACAGUCUGUUUCCAGAAGGGAUACCACAAAACAAACGAUCGAACACUCCAGUACAACAAUAUAAGCCUCCUACACGUGCAUUCUCCAUGAAGAAAACGAAACAAUCAAGUAAGAGUGCUCCAUCCAAACCAAGACUAGGGAAUGCUAAUUUCUUCGGUUUCAAACCCAUGACAUCAUCAACGCCUACACCAACCACACCAGCCCCACCACCUCCUGUACAACAAAGCUUAUUUAACUUUUUCAGUGGACAAAAUGGUCCUUCUCCAACCCAACAAGCAAUUCCAUUCCCUCUUCCAUCCAUGCCACCAUACCCAGGACUGCCGAACAAUAACCCACAACUGAAAAAUGUUUACCGAAUGAUUGCAACGUGGCUAGUUUCUCACGCUAUGAAUGGAAAUAAUAACGCUGCUCCUCGUCCAGUAACAACAACGAAACAAACCCCUCCAACUCCUCCGAUGCGUCUUCCAAAUACACAAAGACAACAACAGCAACAAAGACGACACAAUUUGUUGACACCUCCUCCACAACGAAACAGAAAGCAAAUGAAAGCAUCUAAACGUUCUCAGAAAAAAACACAGACCCAGAGGAACAAGAAACAAGAAGAAGCAUUACGCCGAAUGAGGGAGAAAGCCUAUAGGGAGUACAUGGAUGAAGUGUUUGACGUGGACGUCCCAGAUACGGCUUUUGCCAAUGGUCGUAUUCCAUCAUUUCAGGCACCUUCAUUUGAAUUCCCUUGGUGAUCCGAGAAACAUUUUAUAAAUAGAUCGUGAAAUUCCAAUUGAAUGGAGAAUCCAGAACGAAAAAAAACUUCAUAUAUUUAUUUUCUCGGAUUUACUUCAUUACGAGAAACAAAACAUGUUUCGUCCCUCAUCUGCUUCAGGUGAAAAGAACUGCGCCUUUAGAAGAUUAGGAAGAUCGCAGAUGAAGCAACAUACAUUGUAGCAAAAUAAAGAGUUUUCCUAAUAAAUAUUUAUAUCUCGAUGUAAACAGUCAACAGAUUUCAGUCCAAAAAUAGUUGUACAUGUAUAUGAAAUAUUCAUUGUUUUUUAUACUCAGUUUAAUUGGCACUUUAUUGCCUAUUCCACGUGUUCAGAAGACAUAAGGUGACAAAUAUGAGUAAUUAAAUGACAUUAAUUAAUAAAAACUUGAUUACGUUACACCUAAACCAGGUCGUACACCUAUAUAAUGUGUACAUCAAAAAUGCGGAUGAUAUUCAUUAUAGAUGUACAUGUAGCAGCUAAUUAUGUAUCAUAUAUAACUGUAAUAAAUACAAUAACCGUC